UCUGCAGGUUUGUUCUUUUCAAAAUGAAGGACGAUUUGACGCUGCCGUGCACGGCGGAGGAAGGGAGGUUUUCUGGUGGAGAUGGAAAAGAUGAACUGGUGGAUUGUGAGUUGGAAGCAGCACAAGCAUUGGCUUGUUUGGCUCAUUCAGGACCAUCUGGUCACUCUGAGGAGCAUGUAAUUACGAUACUGUCCGAGCAGGAAUCUGAACCCAAAACAAAUCCUCAACAUGCUCUGAACUAUCCACCAGGGUCCAGCAGAAGAUCGAGGCAGAAUUUGUCUGAGGAGGAGAAGGAACAACGAAGACUCUGUCGUGUGUUAGCAAAUAGAGAGUCUGCUAGGCAGACAAUUCGCCGGAGACAGGCCAUGUAUGAAGAAUUGACAAGAAAAGCUGCUGAUCUUUCAUCGGAGAAUGACAAUUUGAAGAAGAAAAAGGAGCUGGCAGCUAAGGAGUACCAGUCUUUGAAGAACGAAAAUGCUACCUUAAGACGACAGGCAUCUAAAAUAGAGAAGGGUGAAGCGGAGGAAACAGAUGGUGCUUCUAGGUCGAAACCUGUAGAAAUCUCCACUACAAGUACAGCUCCAGCUCCAACUCCAACCUCUCUUUUUAACCGGCCUCCUAUAUUACCUUUCUUUUGGCCGUCCAUCGUUCAACCUUUCAACUUAUUGCAAUGUAGUCCUCAAAAUAUUUCUGAUAUUGCAUCAGUGGUGCCUUCACCUACUGCCGGAGAAUUAAAUUCUAUUAACAGGCAAGAGAGUUCGAAUCCAGUAAAUCCUCUAUAUGUACUUCCCUUCCCUUGCUUGAUCCCAUUUCAUCCUCAAAGUAAUCUGUUUCUUCCUUGGGCCUCUCCCGUUACUGAAAAACAUGGUGAGACUUCCUUGGCACAUCAGUGUAGUACAUCAUAUGUGAACAUGGGGAACAAUCAAGCAGCGACUUCCCAGGAAACCGAGACGGAAGCUGUGCUUGGUUUUCCACCAGACAGAGGGGCAUCUGAGGGAAGGCGACAGCCUUCUGUGGUGCUCUCUACAGAAACGGCCCCGAUGACUGGUCCCUCUGGACAUAUUGACACUCAUCAAGAAGAUGAUACCGUUGAUACCAACAUUGUCUCUUGUACUGCAGAACAUGUAGGACAUACUUCAGAAAAGACAUCUCAAGAAUCCAUCACCUGCUCUAGCAAUAAGACAGGAGAGGCCAUUGCAGCAACAGAGGCCCGGAAACGAAGGAAAGAGCUACUGCAUUUGAAAGGCCAUCAUUCUUGAUCGGCCCCCAUGACUAAGCUUCCGAGGCAUGAAGUUUAGCGAAAAAGAAGGCUUUCCAUCCUCUUUAUGGAAAGCCUGAUGUGAAUUUUUGAUCAGUUGAUGGCCAGUCUUUACAGUAGAGAUCGCUCUUUUUGUUUUUUGUGUUUUCUGUUCUCUGUGCAGUAUAUACCAGGCAUCUUUGAUUUCAGUAAGAAAGAGAUUAUGAUGUAACAGCAGCAAAACCUUACAAGUUUUGUGGGAAUUUUGUUUUUGUCAAGAGUAAAGAAGGUAGGAAUAUGUGCUGCGCUCCUGUAUUUUAAACAUAUUCAGAAAAUUUACCAGUUAACUUGCAACGCUAGAAUAUCUGUUUCUAAAGUUUGAAUCAAUUUUAACUUUGAACUUCACAU